AUGUGUCCUGUUACGAGAGACGAGCCAUCGCCUCACUAUACAAGCGAUUACAUUAAUGGCAACUGCUACUCAAUAGAGAAUAUCAUGGAAGUACUGACUAUGGCACCCAAUCUACUCGAAUCGGCUACCCAGCCCACGACCACCGCCAGCAAUAUCUUCCCAACCGCGAUACCAUCCUCAAAACAGCCAGCAAACACCACCACAACCGAGAUCUCGCCCUCAACAAUCACACCUACCACCUCACCUCCAAACACCAACACACUAGUCCUCGACCCCUCCCUCAUCACCAACGACAUCGACCGCCUACGCUUCGAAGCCGCAGCCUACACCCAGCUCCCCAAGCCCUUUUCGCCCAACCACCCCUCCCCCAAUUCCUCCCCACCCCCCUCCUCCACAGACCUCAUCUCCUCCCCCUACAAUAACCCAGGCCACUACCUCUCACUCCCCACGCUCCCCCUCCCCUCCAUCCUCCUCGCAAAAGCCCUCACCGCCCUGCACCCCACAGUCCCACACUACGCAACUGCGCACUACACUUCCGCGCUGAACUUUCCACACGUCCUCGCCGUGCUACGGGACCUGCUGCACAGCGAGCAGCAGGCAAGGGGAUCAUGGCAGCGAACGUCAUUUUACGUCGUUGUGUUUCGGAGCAAGUUGAAGACUGGGGUGGAUGUGGAGUGGUUGUAUAAAUUGGAUUACGAGAGUCAUGCUGAGGCGUGUGCGAGUGGGGGGUUGUUGAAGUAUUGGUUUGGGAAGGCGGAUGGGGAAGGCUUCUGGCACUCCCGCGCCGACGCGGUGCAAGGUGGUCUGGGGCCCUGGCAUAAGAAGGCCAGAGCGGCGGGACGCGAAUUGUAUGAGAGUAUUGUGUUUUCGACGCAUAGGUUUACGAUUCUGGAUGGGGCGGAGGAGUUUGAGUUUGAGGACUGGAGAGAGUAA